AUGGAGCGGUACAAGGCCUUCCUAAGCGAAAUAAAGCGGGAAAACGAGAAAAUCGGGAAGAAAAUCCGCUUCGUAAACGACAAAACGAAGUUUAAACCACUGAAUGGGAAAAAAGUCCAGUACAAUAAAUUCUUUGUGAACAGCUAUGAGCUGGAGAAGAGAAACAACCUCUGCAAAUACUACAAGCAUAAAAUAGACAAAAGUAGGAGAAAAAAAAAGGGGAAUUUAAAUAAGUAUGAUUUUCCUUUCUUUGAGAUUUACAAAAAUACCAACCCAGCAUUUAAAAAUAAUCUCGCACAAUAUACUCUUCUUCAAAUGGUAAAAAAUUACGAUGAAUUGGAACUAUUUCAGUUAUGUUCCAGGACGAGUCAGCAGAUCAAUUUGUUGUCUCCUCUUCUUUCCCACUUCAUCGAGAUUGUCAUAAAAAAAAGAGACCUCUAUAACAUCAACGAUUUGUUACUACUAACAGAGCAGAUAAAGAAAUUAAAUUAUUACCACCCCUAUUUUUGCAAGCUAGUAUGUCGAGAGGUCUGUCUUGAUAUGCAUAAAAUCAAGACGGUCCAGAAGGUAACGCGCUUUCUGGACUUCCUCCUUCAUUUCAACAUCUUCAAUUAUUACUAUGUGGAUAAAUUUUACAAAUAUAUAACUCAUCUCAUUACGCGAAGUAAUCGAUGGACCCUUCUGCUGAAUCGAUUGGACUGGUCUCUCACGGAAGAACUGGUGUUGGAUGAAUCGCAGGCGGAUGACCCGCAGGUGAAUCUCAUACAGAUAAACUCAGACGAUGUUACCACCUUAUCUUUAUCUUUCACAAAAUAUAAAAUGAUCGACGCAGAGUUGCUCCUCCUGCUUCUUUACCUGUGUACCCAUCAGGCGUAUAGCCAUUUGAGGAAUGCCCAGACGCUGUACCAGCUUACACGACUGAGCCCUUUUUACACAUUUCUAGACAGGGAGUACUCCUCCAAGUUAUUUCACUCCCUUUUUAGGCACGUCUUAGAGGACACCCCGAGGGGGGACGCCAACUUCGUCCCUCUGCUAAAAUCGUUCUACACUAUUAGCAAAGAGUUUGGCACCACCUUCGAUGUGGGUGUGCACAACGCGACGCUGGGAAUUUAUCACCCCAGGGAGGAAACGGGAGGAGGCCACUCCGGGGGGCCCAUCUCUCCCCCGGGUUAUAUCCUAUCGGGGUGGAGCGGGGGAAAAAGAAGGAAAAAGAAAAAAGAUGCAAGUGAGAGUGGAAAUGGAAAUGAAAAUCAAAAUCGAAACCAAAAUCAGAAUGAAAUUCGAAAUCAGAACGACGAAAUGGUCCUAGACCGAAGCGCUGAUGUACCGAGGAGGGCCUACUUCGCAGGAGAGAAGAACCCCUUCGCCCCCUUCAACUGCGACGCCAAUUCCAACCUGAAGAAGCUGAAUUUAGACGAUGAAAUGUUAAUUGUAUGGCACGACUACGACUGGCAGCCGACCGAGAAGACGUUCACCGAUUUAAUGGACACCAUCAAACACGUCGUGCUGCUGAUCGAAUUGAAACUUCUGUCUGCCUUCCCCUUCGCGUGUGAAAAGAGCCCAGCCGAAAUCGAGUUCCUCAAACGGGUGAACUUCCAAGCGGAUCGGGAGAAAAACGUCCACAAGUACAAUGCGCAAAAUUUGAGCCAGGAGCAACGCGCGCUUGUGGAGCGGCUAAUCCGGAGGAACGAGCAGCGGGGGGAGCGGCAACAGGAGACGAAGCCACAUCAACAAGAUGGGCAGACGCAGCCACAUCAACAAGAUGGGCAGACGCAGCCGCAACAACAAGAUGGCAAGGCGCAUCCGCCACCGCAGCAGUGGGAGCGCCACUUCGACGACUCAAACCUGACCUUCCUCUUUUAUCGCAACUAUGGAGACGAGCCAGGAACCGUCACGAUGGGUGACAUCAACGAGUUCAUUAAAUCCAAGCCGAACGUUAAGUUUAACCUCACGGAUGGGACCUAUUUCGCCCACAUAUUUUCUCACCUGUGGCAGAUCGAGCUGAGUGACGCAGAAGAGCGCAUACUGAAGGAGAGCCUGCAGGCCCUGCCGCUCUGGGCGAACAGCCUGGUGCGCCUCGACGUGAACCAAGUGGCCGACUUGUUUUACGCCCUCACGAUUUUUCAAGUUAUUCAGGGAUGCAAAAACGGAAGGGUCACCAAAAACAAAUACGGGUACUCCAAAACGGAGAAACACACAGAAAAUGACACUCUCUACAAAAUCCUGUCUCAGAUUUUGAUAAAAAAAAUUAUAAACAUAAAGAGCGAACGUCUGUACAAGGUCAUUUUGUCCUGCGCAAACACGGCCUACUCGGUGAGUACCAUUGGAAUGGUUCAUAAAAAAAGGGCGCGUUUCUAUCUUUUCCAUAGCGGGACAGCGGGAUCUACCGCGUAA